AUGUCGCCGUUAUCGCCGGAGUCAGCGAAAGCAAUCGCAAGAUUACGCGCAUACAAGCCUCCUCCUAGCAAUUAUAAUUCAGUACCUCUGAGUCGGCGGGCAGCGGUGCUGAUUCUGCUUUAUGCUGAUCUGAAUGGAGACCUAAAGACGGUCCUGACUAUUAGAGCAAAGACUCUGAGUUCUUUUGCCGGCCACGCUGCAUUCCCAGGAGGCAAAGCAGAUACAAACCAUGAAACAGCCUUCCAAACAGCCCGACGCGAAGCAUCCGAAGAAAUCGGCCUGCCCAACAUAGGCGAACCCUUAUUCCCGCCAUUCAAAGUAGAGCAUCUUUGCGAACUACCCGCCAGUUUAGCACGAAAUGAGCUUGUCGUCAGACCUUGCGUCGCAUUCUUGCAUUCGUAUGAUGAAACGACUAAGCAAACAGCUGAUCCGGAGACAGGGCUGAUUCCGAGGCUGGAUGCCAAGGAAGUUGCGGCUGUGUUCACGGCGAGGUUUCAUGAUUUUUUGAGGAAGGAGGUUGAGUUUCCUUCCACUAGUAGAGAAGAGGAUGAUGAUGUUGAGGGGAAACAGCCAGGGAAUUGGUAUCAGGGUUCAUGGACAACGUGGCAUGAAUCUGAUUGGAGAAUGCAUCACUUCUACAUUCCCAUAUCAGAGAAAAGUGUCACCAAACCCAGACCCAGACGCAAAUCAAAAAGGCUGCAAGAUGUCGCCAUCACAAAACUAGAAGAGCGUGAACGAUCCGGCGAACUAUCUCGCUACAAGGUCUGGGGUAUGACAGCCCGGAUCCUAGUAGAUGCAGCUCGCUUGGCGUACAAUCAAGAACCGGAAUUUGAGCAUAAUAGUCAUUUUGGGGAUGAGGAGAUCAUUUCAAAGUUGAGAAGGAUUGGGAGGCUAGGUGCGGUUAGGAGGCCUGGAGAUGAACUCACUCGGGAGACGAUGCAGAAGGCUGCGAAACUUUCUUGA